AAACAAACCAAAGCCUAAGUUUCAGACAAAAAAAUAGGGUACCCAAAAAACCAAAAAGGACCUUCUUUUUGCACGUUCUCUCUCUACCAAUCAAAUCACAAUCACGGAGCAAAGCAACGCUCUCUUCCUCUCCGUCACUGCCACUCUCAUUGUCUCUUCUUCUCUCUUCUCUAGGGUUUAUCGCCAUUUGAUGUCAAGUUCUCCUCCCAAAAUGUCGUCUCUACCUCUUCCAUAAUCGGACAGCUAGUGCCCCUGCUUUUGCCGAUGUGCAAUGGUUUCCAGCCUCGAGGCUGAUUCGGAUUGGUUGGAGAUGGAAAAUUCCGAUGCGCGGUGUGUUCAAGUUGCCGUCAAUGUUCGGCCUCUGAUUACGUUGGAGCUUAUGCUUGGAUGCACCAAUUGCAUCUUUGUGCUUCCUGGUGAACCUCUGAUUGGGGAUACAGUAUUUGUUAUAGUUUUAUGACAUUGUUUACGUCAUCAACUCAGUGAAUAUAUGCAGGCCAUCCAAGUUGAUCAAGUCAAAGAGAUAUAUAACUAUACACAGGGUGACUUAAUAACUGAAGAUGUUUUAUUGCUUGAUUGCCAAAGAGAGAUUUAUGUGUGGGUUGGCUUACAUUCGACUGUCAAAUCAAAACAAGAAGCUCUUAAUCUUGGCUUGAAAUUUCUGGAAAUGAAUGUCCUUGUUGAAGGCCUAUCCCUGAACAUCCCUACUUAUAUUGUAACAGAAGGUCAUGAGCCACCUUUUUCACUCGUUUCUUUUCAUGGGAUCACUCAAAAGAAAAUGAGAGUGGUGGAGCAUUAUAGAGACUUGAGGCCAUCCCUUGCCCCCACCUUCCCCAAAGAAGACUCGCCUUAUAUUUCUCGAUGUUCCUCCUGUCAAUGAGGCACAAAUUUAUGGA